AAAUAGGUGACACCCGGAAGUUCACUUUCACACAUGGCGGACGACCCUAACAUUCGCAACGGCAGCGAGUGUUUUAGGCAGGGAUGUUACCAAUGACGAACACAAUCGAGUUGGGUGACUAUACCUGCAUCUGUUAAGCCGAUGUUUGUAUAUACGACGAUAACACAAGUACACCGAUAUGAAGCGACGACUCCCCAAAAGCAAAAAAGCUGAGCUAGUGAAAUCGCCCAAGGCAAAAAAGGCCCGCCCACUCUUGACGGGCGAGGUACUACAAGACACACUGGGAAAGAAAUGGCGUCUGGUAUCUGAGCUAGCUGAGGGCCACAUGGGACCUAUAUAUGCAGCCACAUCAGAUGACGCUGGAUCAAACGUGGAAGACGAUGUCGUCAAAAUAGAAAAAAAGAGCAGUGGUCACCUGUUUAAUGAGCACGUGGUUUACCAGGGAAUGGGAGUUGCCAAGUUAGCGAAGAAGUGGACUAAGGAUAGGGGCUUGUCCCAUCUAGGAAUCCCUGUACCCCGGGGGCAGGGGACGCAUAACCAUGAGGGUGAAGUCUACAGGUUCCUGGUGUUACCGCGGCUCGGGACUGACCUUGACACGUUGAUGGGGACAGAGCAGAUGCUGGCCUUCAAGGACGUUUCCGAAAUGGCCAUGGCUCUGAUAGACUGUCUAGAGUUUAUUCACGAGCAUGGCUAUGUUCAUGGUGACAUCCAUCCCGCCAACAUCAUCGUCGACGACAGGAAAGGGAACUCUGACAAAGAGAAAACUGUUCACCUUGUAGACUACGGCCUGGCCAGAAAGUACAUGGUAGACGGCAAACAUAAGCCGUACGAGGAAAGCAAGUUCAUCCCGGACUGCCCCACAUUGUACAUGAGCACGGACGGCCACAGAGGAACCGACCAGUCACGACGAGGGGACCUGGAGAUGCUGGGCUACUGUCUGCUACAGUGGCUUUGUGGGCGGUUACCAUGGGAGGACAAACCCCAGGAAAAAAACUAUGUCCGAGAUUCAAAAAUAAAGUUCAAAGAGGACAUCACUUCAAAUGUUCACUCGGAUUCACUUUCAUGGAUGGAUGACUCCCAGGCAAGAGGAGUGUUGAUGUCCUACUUUGACUAUGUCUGUGGUCUAGACUAUGAGGAGAAGCCCAACUAUGGCACUUCGAAGAAGUUACUUCAGGAGCUUCUUACAGAGCCACGGAAAAAGGAGACGACAGCUCCUCUUGCAAAAUCCAAGGGUUCUAAAGUCCGGUACAAAAACCCAGAACCCCUAGCCGCUCCCGAUAUAUCUAAACCAACUGCAGAUGUGAAAACAACCAGGACAAGUAAGGCUGCAGGCGCUGGUGAACCAAAGGAAGCACAGGUCGACGCCCAAAUAAAAUCUCCAAACCUAAAAUCUCCAAAACGAGCUUCCCUUACCAAAGAAACGAAUCCUAAAAUCAAGGGCAGUAUUAGUAAAUCCGUAGUCAGAAGUGGAGGUAGUGGGAGUGACACAGGCGAGAAGUCUAAACCUUUUCAAAAACACGGCGUGAAAACGAGGCCCAACACGAGGCUUACCCUUAAUGUCGGAGGUACAGAGUUUGUGACAUAUUCGAAGACCCUUGAGAAGUAUCCCUCCAGGCUGGCCGACAUUGCUCAUGAAGCUGCAGAGCAUCAAGACAUCCCCUUCAUUGAUCGUGACCCGACAUUGUUCCCAUACAUUCUCAACUUCUUGCGAGACGACGGGCAGACGACACUACCUGAAACCAAGCAGGACUUGAGAAAACUGCGACAGGAAGCUCGCUACUUUAGCCUCACGAGCCUGACAGAUAAAAUCGACCGUCUUGUUUUAGAAUAGGUCAAUAUAUACUGACGUUUUGUUUGCUUUUAAGGUUUUAAUGAACCAGUAUUGUGCACGGUGGUUUGGGGUUGAUAAUACAUCUGUCCUCUAUUUUUUGAUAAAAACCGAUCUAAACGUUUUUGAAGAGAGCCAGAUUGCUGAGUGCGAAUAAAGUUCUAAUUAUAUUUCAGAUAAUCGUACAUUAUAAAGUAAGUUCUCAGUAUUAUGUUUAUAGUCAUGGGUAAGGGAUAUGGUCAAGAUUAAUUUUUGACCAAAUCAACGCCUAAUUAUGUGAAGUACAUUGGGGCAAUUUUAACGUAGAAUGAAUGGGUGAGUGUAUGCCAAAACAUUCUCAUUCUUUUAUACAUCUUAUUUUAGAUACAUUUUGAGACCCGAUUACUAGCUCCUUUUUUAUAUUUUGAUGUAUACAUUUCCCCAGGUAUCCCUCGCCAAUUUGUAUGCUUGAUUCCACUCUCGGUCCCAAAAUAUGUUGGGGAGUAAUCCCUCCGCAACAACGGUGAACCAGUGAACUAGGGUUCACAACAUAAAGAUUACCAGUCACAAAUGAAUUUCAUCACAUAUUUGAUAAUUGUGGGGCAACCGGUGGGUGUAGAGUCGGGAGUGUUAUUGGGUGAAUGUUGAUGAUAUGUGAACUAUCAGCAUAUAUAUAUAUUGGAUAGAAAUCAUGUAUUUGUAUAUGAAAGUGUUUUCCUGUUGCUGUGUUAUAUUUGUGUUCAUGUUGCCAUAUUAAAUAUGGUUGUUACAAACCUCAUAGAACAUGGUGGCAAUACAGUGUAUUAUGCAUUAUGACGAGACAGUAUUCUGUUGUUGUGAAGACUCUUGCUUGACAAUGGCAUAAUAAUUUAUACCAAAACGUCGAUCAUUAUAUGAUAAGUUGUCAUCCAGAGAGUAUCUUGCCUUUAUAAUUACCAACUUCUAAAGUGUAGAUCAAGCAGAGAAUGACAGACGGGCAAACUAAUGUCCUUAGCAGUGAGACGUGAAUGUUCAUCAUGUUCUAUGUUUUAAUUGUUUUCUUGUCCAUGGAGAUUCAAUAAAUAAUGUGACAAUAAAAAUCCUCUUUUAUUC